AAACCCCUGUGGAUCGUCUUCCUUCCUUACAAGCAGCCAUCCCCAUAAAAUAUGGAAGCCACUAACCUUGAAAGAUUCCACAACUAACGAUCUGAUUGCUAUAUAAGAUCGGAGUAGUGGCUUUCAUUUUACUGCAACCUUUGAACUCCCCCUCUCUUUCAAGGUUUAACAAAUCCCAAUUCCAUCUGCUAUAUCUUUAAUGGCGCCUUUGGUUAAGGAUCAAGUAGAGCCUCAACAUGCCAAAAUCCUAGCCAUUGGCACUGCAAAUCCACCAAAUGUCUACUACCAAGAGGACUAUCCUGAUUUCUUGUUUCGAGUCACCAAAAACGAACACAGAACGGAUUUAAGAGAGAAGUUCGAUCGCAUAUGUGAAAAAUCAAGAACAAGGAAACGUUACUUGUACCUAACAGAAGAGAUUCUAAAGGCUAACCCAAGCAUAUAUACCUAUGGAGCUCCAUCACUUGAUGUGCGCCAAGACAUGUUGAACCCUGAGGUCCCAAAGCUAGGGCAACAAGCAGCACUGAAAGCCAUCAAAGAGUGGGGCCAACCUAUCUCAAAGAUCACCCACCUCAUCUUUUGCACAGCUUCUUGCGUUGACAUGCCAGGUGCCGACUUCCAAUUGGUCAAGCUUCUCGGCCUUAACCCAUCCGUCACCAGAACCAUGAUCUACGAAGCUGGUUGCUAUGCUGGUGCAACUGUCCUCCGCCUGGCCAAGGACUUCGCAGAGAACAAUAAGGGUGCACGCGUCCUUGUGGUGUGCGCAGAGAUCACGACCGUGUUUUUCCACGGACUCACUGACACCCACCUAGACAUACUAGUGGGCCAAGCACUUUUUGCUGAUGGAGCAUCUGCUGUGAUUGUUGGGGCCAAUCCAGAGCCUGAAAUUGAGAGUCCACUGUUUGAAAUCGUGGCAUGCAGACAGACGAUCAUACCUAAUUCAGAGCAUGGUGUCGUGGCCAACAUUCGUGAAAUGGGGUUUAAUUAUUAUUUAUCAGGAGAAGUCCCCAAAUUUGUUGGUGGAAAUGUUGUGGAUAUUCUGACUAAAACUUUCGAAAAAGUUGACGGAAAGAAUAAGGAUUGGAACUCCUUGUUUUUUAGUGUGCACCCUGGUGGGCCUGCUAUUGUAGACCAGGUGGAGGAGCAAUUGGGUUUGAAGGAAGGGAAACUUAGGGCAACAAGGCAUGUGUUGAGUGAGUAUGGCAACAUGGGAGCUCCAUCUGUCCAUUUUAUUUUGGAUGAGAUGAGAAAGAAGUCGAUUGAGGAAGGCAAAACUACAACUGGUGAAGGUUUGGAAUGGGGUGUCGUAAUUGGAAUCGGACCAGGACUUACAGUCGAGACAGCUGUGUUGCGUAGUGAAUCUAUUACAUGCUAAAUACUUGCAUAAAAUGAUUCAUACAUUGGUUAUGCAUUUCACGUGAUACGAGCGAGUACUGGAUAACCGGUGUAUACACACCCCUGCUGCAGCUGAGUUUUCUACCUAGUCAAAUAAUCAUUUCACGAUCACAGUUUUUGUGAUUAUUUUUCGUUUCACAUAUAUAAGAAUAAAAGUCUUUGGAUUGGAGGGUCCACAUAUGUACGGCUAGUCCAUUUGACUUUGGUUUUUCAUUUAAUUAAUAAGAUUGUGCACGUUAUAUUUA